CACUGGCUUGUAGACCGACUGGCCGCCCUCCGUCGAGAUGUUUCCACAGGGCAAUCACAAUCUCCCAAAAGCUCCCGCAGCUGAGGAGCUCGCUCCUCAGGCCAGGGAGCCUCCUUCGUCUUCUUUUUACGAGGAUCGUAGUCCACAAUGGUGUGCAAAGAACUCCCAGAGCUCUUUCAUGAGUUCGGACCUCCAGCCAGCAGCUCGCGAUGGACUGUGGGCUGAGGGCUCCCACCCUCCAUAUGGAGGAUUAGAACAUGAUUCGUGGAGCCCAUGUGAUACAUCAAGAGCAGGUAAUACAUGGGACGUAGAUCCUGGCGAUUCGUUACAAGCUCCCUGGAUUCAGUCAGCGUCUCCGUGCAGGGGGCAAUAUACCCUCGAAUUAUCAGCAUAUUCAGCAGGCAGAGGGACCGCCUCCUGUUCCUAUGACCAAACUUCACCCACAGGUUUCCCGUACAUGGAGCCAAUGCCUUCGGUGCCUCUGCCUGAAGCAUCUGAUCUCGACCUUGAGCUCUGCGCGGACGCGAAAAAAGGAGAAGGAAAUUAUAUGGCAGCAGGGAAUUGGUUGUCUUCACUAACGGAACAACCAUCGGCAUUGGGUUUACCCUACGAGACAGGGAGCCCGGAGGCACUUCCAGGGCCGUCCAUGGGUCAGCCGCAUCACAGCUCAGACAAAGUCUCUCCCAUCGGCCUGAAGCUCAAAGCCUACGACUGGCCUCCUCAAGAAGACCCGAACCUCGAACGAAGGCGAAGACGCGCCGUAAAGGCCCUACACAACAGGAAGCGGGAGACAGAGAGGCGGGAGAACAUGCGGAAGGAACUGGAGAUCAUCGCCAAGGAAAUUGACACUCUCAAAUCCGAGAAGCAGAUGCGCUCAGAAAGGAUCGUAAAGUUGAAGGAGCAAGUUGAAUCGUUUCAAGCCAAGGACGAUUAACCUCUCUUAAGUUAUCAUACACUCCAUGCUCAUUCAUUACCCUUAUGCAUUCAAUGUAGCCGUGGAUGUCUAUAAACUCUCUCCACUUACUUCAGUUAUUCAAUUAGAUGUUUUAAAAACUCAAAUAACGUUUUCCUCCGGCCUUUAUAUCAAUUAUUCUAUCAAAUUCAUUAAUA